AUGGAGCCCGGUCACGCGUUUUGCCCGGGUCGGGCGCCGCUGGCCAUGGUCUUCUGUAUUGCCUUGUUGAUGCUGCCCUCCGCCCUGAGCGCUGGCGAGCCGCGGCGCCUGGCGUGCUCCACCUGUCGAGGCAUCGUGGACAGGUUCAACCAGGGAUUAGCAGAUACGGCUAAGAAGAACUUUGGUGGUGGAAACACAGCUUGGGAAGAGAAGACGCUGUCAAAGUAUGAGUCCAGUGAAAUUCGUCUUGUGGAGAUCAUAGAGAAUCUGUGUGACAGUAGUAACUUUGAAUGUAACAACAUGGUAGAAGAGCAUGAAGAACAUAUAGAGAAGUGGUGGUUCAAACUAAAGAAGAAAUACCCUGAUUUGUUUAAGUGGUUUUGCAUACAAACAAUAGAAGUUUGCUGCCCUGCUGGAACUUAUGGACCAGAUUGCCUUGCUUGUCGUGGUGGAUCGGAAAGACCUUGCCAUGGAAAUGGCCACUGUGAUGGUGAUGGUACCCGAGGUGGAGAUGGCUCAUGUAGCUGUAACAAGGAGUAUACAGGAGAUUUUUGUUUGGACUGUUCUAAAGGUUACUUCAGUACCUUGAGAAAUGAGACACAUUCUAUUUGUACAGCCUGCCAUGCUUCCUGUAAAACUUGUACUGGUUCAAGUAACAAGGACUGCCAAGACUGUAAAGAAGGCUGGAUUAAAAAUGAAGAAGCAGCUUGUGUGGAUCUAGAUGAGUGUGCUACUUCUCCUUGCAAAGAUCACCAAUAUUGUUUGAACACAGAUGGAUCUUUCUUAUGCAAAGUAUGUGAUGCCAGCUGUAUAGGUUGCACAGGGGAAGGUUCUGAGAAGUGUAAGACCUGCUCACCUGGAUACAUGAAAGAAGACGAAAAGUGUACAGACAUAGAUGAGUGUAACCUUCCUGAAAAGGUCUGCAUGAAAGAGAAUCAAGACUGUGUAAAUACUUCGGGUAGUUACAAGUGUGUAUGUUCAGAAGGGUUUGAAGAUAAGGAUGGAACAUGUGUUCAAACUAUAAAACCAGGAGAGGAAGUAGAAAGUAAAGCAACUGAGCCCUCACCUACUGGACAUGAUGACUUAUGAUCUACACUCAGAACCAAAAGACAUUCCCAUCUAAAGUUUAAAUUAUUGGACUAAGCCUCUGCUGGCUGAGAAACUUUGGAAAUGGUAUUAAAUAUGCAGGUUGACAUGAAGAUUCUUCUGUUUUAAAAAAUGGUGAUAAAUGGCUCUUUAAGCUGCAUUUCUUUAUUCUUACAUGCCACUUUUUAUAUAAUUCUUCAAGUACAACGCUCUAGGUUACUACAAAAUUUGGAUUAACAUAACAUUGUACCCAGCAAUUUGCAGGUUUCUCAUUCUAGUGCCUACUGAAAACUAUCAUCAUUUGGAAGGACUUAGUUACUAAUCAUAAUUCAAGAAAAAUUUAGACUCAAGUUUGGGUUUUCUUGACAAAAGAAAGUACUUCUGUAACUGAAAUACAGGUUUUAGAAACUGUCAAAGGGAAUCUCUCUGGGUGGUGGGGGAAAGCACUGUUCCCUUAAA